CACUGCAGCCGAGACGAGUCUCUGCUUUUCCCUCAGAGACGAUUCAAAGUGACGUCUUCAGGUUUUUCUCAACAACUCAACAGAGUCUCUUCCAAACACUGAUAUGGCUUCUUCAAACUAUCUGCCGUCUGAAGAUCAGUUCCUGUGCUCCGUCUGUCUGGAUGUGUUCACUGAUCCAGUCACAACACCAUGUGGACACAACUUCUGCAAAAAGUGCAUCAAUGAUUACUGGAAUACCAACAACCAGAACAUGUGUCCACUGUGUCAAAAGGUUUUCUUCUCAAGACCUGAGCUGCUCGUCAACACUUUGUUCUCUGAGAUGGUUUCUCAGUUCAGACAGUCGACUCAGCAGAAAGCCAGCAGCAGCAGCUCAGAGCAACAAGAGUCCAGACCAGGAGAAGUUCCCUGUGACGUCUGCACUGGAACCAAACUGAAGGCCCUGAAGUCCUGCCUGGUGUGUCUGGCCUCCUACUGUGAGACUCACCUGGAGCCUCACCUGACAAUGUCAGGCCUGAAGAGACAUCAGCUGAUGGACCCUGUGGAGAACCUGGAAGACAGGAUGUGUCUGAAGCACGAUAAACCUCUGGAGCUGUUCUGUAGGACCGACCAGACGUGUGUCUGCAUGCUCUGCACUGUGUUGGACCACAAGAUGCACAAUGUUGUUCCUCUGAAACAAGAAUGUGAAGGAAAGAAGGUGGAGCUGCAGAAGACAGAGGCUGAAACUCAGGAGAUGAUCCAGAAGAGACGCCUGAAGAUUCAGGAGGUCCAACACAACGUGAAGCUCAGUGAGGAAGAUGCAGACCGAGAGAAAGCAGAUGGUGUUCAGGUCUUCACUGGUCUGAAGGAGUCUGUGGAGAGAAAACUGAAGGAGCUCAUCACUACGAUAGAAGAGAAGCAGAGAAGCACCAAGAAACAGGCUGAAGACGCCAUCAGAGAGAUGGAACAGGAGAUCUCUGAUCUGAUGAAGAGGAGCACUGAGGUGAGAAGCUCUCCCUCUCUGAAGACCACCUCCACCUCCUCCAGAGUGUCCAGUCCCUCAACAUCCACCAUCCACCACCCACCAAGGACUGGUCUCAGGUCAGUGUUCCUCCAGCAUCACAUGAGGGGACUGUGA